UUGGUUUUGUGAACCUCGGCUACAUUUCAACGAGUUUAAUACGGAAAUCACCGAACUCACAUUCUCAACCAAACUAAAGUACGGCUACUAUUGUCACGUAAAUAAUUAAGCGAAUUUUGUGGUCAUGCCGUCGCCGAGUUCAUUCGCCGCAUCUGGGCUUGACGACGUAAACGACUAUGAUUUGGAUGACCUGGGCAGCACUUUGGAUAUAGUACACGAAAUUGACAAAUUUCUUGAAGGACUUGCAUCUGAUGGUGCUGAUUUACCAGUAUACAAUGAUAAACAAGUUGAUAGCAAUAAAAUUGAUGAAAUUAAAACAACCGAUUUGGAAGUAGUUGAUAACAAUAGGACUUCAACCAACCUGAUUGAUGUAGAAUUUGUUGGUAAAGAUUCAGCUGUAUUUCAACUUCUAGAAGACCACGAGAACUAUGGUGUAUAUGAGCACAAUCCAAAUGAAUGUAAUUGGAAUGUUUUCUAUAAAACACUUCCCCCUGGUGAACAAAAAUUUGUCAAAAUAGAACCAAAGACUGAAAUCGUAAAUGAUUACUUCAACACAGACUCGGAAAAUAAAUUGGAAACAUUCUCUUUUAACCUUGAUAAUACUCAGGAAAAAUCAAUUUACGGACAAAAUACUUCUGAAGCUAUUUCAACUGGUGCUGAUACAAAUGACAUCUUAUAUUCAUAUAAUGAAUUGGACAAUUUUUCUUUCUCAUUAAAUGCUGACAAUAAUGAAGGAAAAUCAAUUUACGGACAACAUACCUCUGAAGCUAUUUCAACUGGUGCUGAUACAAGUAACAUCUUAUAUUCAGAUAAUGGAUUGGAAAACUUUCCUUUCUCAUUAAAAGCUGACAAUAUUAAAGAAAAAUCAAUUAACGGACAACAUAUUUCUGAAGCUAUUUCAACUGGUGCUGAUACCAGUGAUAUCUCAUUUUCAGAUAAUGAAUUGGAAAAUUUUUCUUUCUCAUUAAAAGCUGACAAUAAUAAAAAGAAUACAUUUAGGAAGCCAAACACAUGGUACCGCAAAGAUUCAAAGCAAAGAAACAAUGCUUUUCAACAAACAUUUAAAAAUCAAUAUCUGGGAAAUAAUUUGUUACUACCGGUUUCUAAUAACAACAAUAAAUACAAGAAUACAUUUAGAAAGCCAAACCCAUGGUACCGCAAAGAUUUAACGCCAAGAAAUAAUGUUUUUCAACAAUCAUUUAAAAACMAAUAUCAGGGAAAUAGUUCAUUACUAUCAGCUUCUAUUAAUAAUAGUCCAGCCCUUUUCCCACCAAGGAAUAUUAAUUCACAAUCUAAUAGAGGUAAUUCUAACAACUUCAAGAAACUGACAAAUGAAAUAAAAGAAAAUGACAAUGUUACUCAUAGUGCAUCAUUCACAAAGAAUAAGAAUGAACUGAUGAAUUUUCAAUUUGGAAAAAAUAGUCCUCAAUUUAUACCAAAAUAUAUUGAAAAACCAACAUUCAAUUCUCCAAGACAGUUUAAUAUCCCGCCGGUACCAAUAGUUAAACCAUAUAGCAUAGUCGGAGAAUAUUUGUGUCCUGUAUCUUUGGUUGGAACUACAAUAAAAUUUUUAUCGAGAAAACUAGCUAAUACAAGCAUGCGAGAACAAAUUAUUAUUGAAUUAGCCACACAUGGUGUCAUAGAGAAUAAUUGGUGGACACCCGAUGAUAUGUUUUAUGCAACAUUUACAGAAAGAAGUAUCGCUCAACAUGUAUUUAAAAUAUAUCCUCAUAACUCAAAAAGUUCAUACUAAUACUAAUUUAAUUGUUAUAUGUAUUUUUUUAGUGUAUUUAUGCUUAGCAACAAGUAAAACUUAUGAAGGGAAUAUUACAGAUAAACUCAAAUAAA